AUGGAUAUCAAAAAGGAGAUGAAGGGUCCGGAUGACUACGAGACAGAUGUCGCCGUCGCACACUCGGCUACCCUGGGUGUAGCGGAUGAGGAAUUCCGGGAAUACACCGAACUGAGCGGACUCUUUCAAGGCCCGAGGCUCAGGAAGGUGACACGAAAGAUCGAUUUUCGCGUACUACCUCAACUACUUCUCAUCUACCUAAUCUCCUAUGUCGACCGCAGUAAUGUUGGCAACGCCAGACUCUUCGGGGCAGCCGCGGACAUGAAGCUCUCCGGCCAGCAAUGGAAUGCAGGACUGAGCGUCUUUUUCGUGACCUACGGUGCCUUUGCUGUUCCAUCAAACAUUAUGCUGAAGCGCGUGGGCCAAAGGAUCUGGCUUUCCACCUUGAUCACCGGCGUAGGCAUUGUCUGUGUUUGCUCCGGACUCCAGGUCAACUAUGCCGGCUGGAUCUCGUUUCGCCUUCUCCUCGGUGUCGUCGAGGCCGGAGUCUACAGCGGCUGCACAUACGCCUUGACCUCGUGGUACUCGCCUAAAGAGCUGCACAGCCGCAUGACGCUCUUCUACUCUGGCGGUGCUUUAUCUGGCGCAUUUUCAGGCUUGUUGGCCUACGCCAUUGGUCAACUGGACCACACCUGGGGCUACCGAGGCUGGCGGUUUAUCUACGUAAUCGAAGGAAUCUUCACCACGCUUAUCGGCAUCAUCUCAUUCUUUUGGCUGAUUCCUGAGCCGGAUCAAGCCGGGAAGUGGCUGGAUGAUGAAGAGAGGCGCUUCUUGAUCCUACGACAUCGCUUUGCAGCCGGAGGAGAGUCAGGCAUUGCUGAGAAAGAGGAGUUCUCUUGGAAGCACGCCGGUGCAGCUUUCCGGUCCAUCCACGUCUACCCGCUGGCCAUGAUUGGUUUUGCGGUCUCUGGAGUCAUCUACGCCAUUUCCUUCACGUUGCCGACCAUCAUCAACAACUUGGGGUACUCAGCCGCCGAUGCUCAAGCUCUGACCGUACCGCCGUACGUUUUUGCCUGCUUGUGUACGGUUGUGGCUGGUUUCGCUGCGGACAAGUAUGAGAAGCGAAUGCUGUCAAUUUUUGUCCCAAGCAUCUUCGCAGCCAUUGGCUGUGCCAUUGUUAUGUGCACAGUUCGCUUCUCAGGCAUGGAAGGCGCAACGCUAUUUGGCUGCUUCAUCAUGGCGGGAGGACUAUAUCCAGCCGUGCCUUCUGUGACUGCAUGGGUUUCGCUGAAUGUUGCCGGCUCGAUGAAGCGCGCUGUUGCUAUCGCCAUCACCUUUACCUUGACCGUGCUGAGUGGAAUUCUCGGGUCCAACAUUUUCCUCGCAGCAGAGGCUCCCGAAUAUACCACUGGCUUCUCGGUAUCUCUUGUCAUGAUCACCGUGUUCUCGAUCUUCACAUCACUCGCGUACUGGAUGGUCCUCAAGAGAAUCAACUCAAAACGAGCUGCCAUACCAACGGAGGAGAUCAAGGCAAAGUACACUGAAGCAGAAUUGGCCGACAUGGGUGACCUCAGUCCGGCGUUUCGAUAUGCAACAUAG